AUGACUAAGGAAAAAGUCAUCAUAACUAUUAUCACGGAAUUCUUACUUUUGGGAUUUCCUGAUGACUGGAUAUUACAGAGACUGUAUGUUGCCCUCUUCUUCCUCAUUUACCUAACAGCAAUGAUGGGAAACCUCCUCAUUGUCACUCUCACCAGCAUUGACCGGCACCUCCAAGUGUCCAUGUAUUUCUUCCCGAAGAAUUUGUCCUUAAUUGACAUGUGCUUUAUCUCUGUCAGUGUCCCCAAGUCCAUCAUGAACUCUCUGACUAGCAGUCAUUCCAUAUCUAUUCUAGGAUGUGCCACACAGGCUUUUCUUGUUAUGUUUGUCACUGGCACAGAGUUUUCCCUCCUUAUAGUCAUGUCUUAUGACUGCUGUACUGGCAUCUGCCUUCCUCUGCACUAUGAGACCAUCAUGAAUAGAUAGACUUGUGUAGAGAUGGCAACUGCAUCUUGGCUCAGUGGAUGUGUCUGUGGCUGCAUUCAAGUAGCAGGUACAUUCUCUACCAAUUUCUGUGGGCCUAACUUAGUUAAUCAGUUCUUCUGUGAUAUUCCAUCAUUACUUACACUUGCAUGUUCUGGGGAGCAAGUUCUAGAAUAUGCAUUUAUCAUUGCUACCUGUUGUUUUGUUUUUGUAUGGUUUCUUGUAAUGGUUGUCUCCAAUGUUCACAUUUUCUCAGCUGUCUUAAGGAUUUCACCGACUCAAGGCAGGUUCAAAACUUUCUCUACAUGCAUCCCCCACCUCAUUGUGGUGACCUUGUUUCUCUCCUCUGGAAUUACUGCAUACUUAGGUUCAGCCUUCAAAUGCUCAACAUCAAUGAACUUCAUUAUGUCCAGGUUAGAUAUCUUGUUACCUCCAACUCUGAAUCCUGUCAUUUACAGUUUGAGAGACAAGGACAUGAAGGUGGCCCUUGGCAAAAUGUUUGGUGGAAAAUUGUCCUCUAAGAUAUAUGAGGAGCCAAAACUGGACUAUGCACUCCUGGGCAGCAGUGAUCAUGGAAAGAAACAGAGCAACAGCUUGGCACAUUAUGAUGAUGAUGACGAUGACGAUGAUGACGAUGAUAGUGAUGAUGAUUGGG